AUAUGUUCAUCAUUGAAUUCGGGCCACCGUUUCGGUUUAUCAGUACGUCAUAACAUCGUGUCACUAUUAAUUCGCGCGUUCGAACUUAUACAAUGUCGAGAAUUCAUAAACGUAAACAAACGGUGUGGACGAAACCGGUCGUCAUUUCAAAACCAUUCACUAACCUACCAUUAAUCAGUGUUAUUGCUAGACGUGUUAAUUUACACUUUGUACUACCUACUGCAGUAUUAUAGCGUGUUUGUUUUUAUAUUGGCGGUACAUUCAGAGUUUCAUUUGUCUUAGUGUUGAUCACUGUCCAUAUAAUUCGUAUAAAAAUAUAAUAUCAAUUGAAUACGAUAGGUAUUUAUAGUGUCAUUAAUGUUUAAUUAGGUAUUAAAAAAAAAAAUUAUACUCAUAAUAUUAUUUGUCGUUGAACGCUGAAGAAUAGAAAAUCCUGUACAAGUUCUCGCGACGAUUUAUUUUUUCUAUUAUAAUUUUUUCUUUUAUAAUAUCACUGCGACGAGUCACGUAAAAAAAAAUACAUUUUUUAUCGCACUUUUCACUGCACUACGAUGUCUCUAAAAUCCAAACUAACGUUGAGGGAUGAUAAAAUUGUUUCCCCGUUGGUGUCACCAAAACUCGCCAGAUGUAAUUUGUCGGAUUGUGAAUUGAUGUGCUUUUUUAAUACGGAAAAACAUAGAAGCAACGCAAGGGAAAACUCUCACAGAAUUUUCGUCAACAGGAGUCUGCACCUGGAGAACAUCAAAUUCUAUGGAUUCGACAUGGACUAUACGUUGGCCGAGUACAAGUCGCCGGCCUACGAGAGACUGGGAUUUGCACUGGCUGUCGAAAGGCUCGUGUCGCUCGGAUAUCCCUCUCAGAUUUUGCAGUUCGAGUACGAUCCCAUGUUCCCGGUGAGGGGCUUGUGGUUCGAUUCGUUGUACGGCACUUUGCUCAAAGUGGAUUCCUACGGUAACAUACUUGUCUGCGUACAAGGAUUUGAGUUUUUAAAACAUUCUCAGGUAUAUGAGUUGUAUCCCAACAAAUUCCUGCUCCUUGACGAGUCUCGCGUCUACGUGCUCAACACGCUGUUCAAUUUACCCGAAACGUAUUUGCUGGCCUGUUUGAUCAACUAUUUCACCACUUCGCCAAACUACUCAAGGGAAAAAACCGGAGUGCGCAGUGGCGAUCUGCUGAUGUCGUUCAACUCUAUAUUCCAAGAUGUGAGGAACGCCGUGGACUGGCUGCACAUACAUGGUGAUUUGAAAGAAAGAACUAUACAAAACUUAUCCGAUUACGUCAACAAGGACGCGAGACUGCCUAUGUUCUUGGCGAGGAUCCGGCAAAGUGGUGCCAAGGUGUUUUUGUUGACCAAUAGCGAUUACUGGUUCACCAACAUGAUAAUGACGUAUUUGUUCGAUUAUCCGCACGGUGCUUCGCCCAGCGAACCACAUAGAGACUGGCAGACGUACUUCGACAUAGUGGUGGUGGAUGCCAGGAAACCGCUAUUUUUCAGCGAAGGCACGAUCCUGCGGCAAGUAGACACCAAAACCGGAGCUCUAAAAAUGGGCACACACAUCGGGCCUCUGCUAAAAGGCCAAGUAUAUUCAGGAGGCUCUUGUGAUAUUUUCACCAAGCUUAUCGGUGCCAAGGGAAAAGACGUCCUAUACGUGGGUGAUCAUAUAUUUGGGGACAUCCUCAAGUCAAAAAAGAUACGUGGUUGGAGAACAUUUUUAGUCGUUCCCGAGUUGGUCCAAGAGCUGCACGUUUGGACAGAUAAAUGUCAGCUGUUUGCAGAAUUGCAAAAUUUCGAUAUAGCUCUGGGAAACAUGUACAAGAAUUUAGACAGCAGUACCAACGAAAAGCCCGACAUUUCAAAACUGAGAAUGGCGAUGCGCGAUGUCACCCAUAAAAUGGACUUGUCAUACGGAAUGAUGGGUAGUCUUUUCCGAUCGGGGUCCAGACAAACCUUCUUCUCAUCGCAGGUCACGCGAUAUGCAGACUUAUACGCAGCGACGUUUUUAAAUCUAAUCUACUAUCCAUUUUCCUAUAUGUUCCGAGCACCGGCUAUGCUGAUGCCACACGAGUCCACGGUGGCACAUGAACAUGAACAGAGACUGAGCAAAGAAGAUAACGCGGCAACUGCUGCGGCGACAUUGAAGACUGUCAGCGAAACGGUGAUAAAUGCCAGCAAAACUACCACCACUAACGCUGUAGACGAGACUCAGAUGCUGCAGGGCACGAACACGUUCAGCACCCAAGUGCCGUCUUCAGUGACGCACACACACGACGAAGACUGUUCGGACGAAGAAGAAGUGCUCGAGACCAAAAAAUAACCGAUCAAGACAACGAUAACAAUAACUAUUAUAUCUUAUAAAUUAUAAUAUUAUUUUUUGUAAAUUCCCCCCCCCCCAAUCGCGUCUUAACACACACAUACUACCCCACAUAUAUAAACUAUUAUUUCUAUUUACACAAUUAUAUUAUGUUUCUAUUAUAUCAUUAUUAUUAUUUUUACGAUCGCGCACGCACAUUUUACUCGUAGGUACAACGAUAAUAAUAAUUUACACGAUAAGAAUAACGUACACAAUAAUUGUGAUGAUAUUAACGUCAUCGUCGUGCCAAUAGUGAAAACGAUUUUUCGCAAACGUCUGUCGUCUAAGUCCAUUAUUGCCGGCACUAUAUGAAAUUUAUUGGUAACAAAACACUGUGAACCCAUUCCUGGCCGGCGUAUCGCACAACUGCACAAGAUUUACCCGAAUUUUUACACCGAUAAAAAAUAAACGAGUCUACGUAAAAUCUGCGUAUUUCGUGCUGGGGAUAACGUCGUGCAUCUGUCAUCUUAAAUCUGCCUUAAUAUAACGCGUAAAAUCGGAUAAGUCUUUAUUAGCACUGCUAUUUACUGCAAAUUUUCUGGGAUUCAUAGAGUAUGGAUACCUAUUUCGCGAGUAGGCGUACGACGAUUUCGUGGUCUGAAAAAUAAAUCCAAUCAUAUGUUUGUUACCACUUUUAUCAUGACUGUCGAGAUUGUUAAUAAUUAUUAGUGUUAUAAUAUUAUGUUGUAAAUAGGUUUUUUAUGCAAUACAUAUAUAUAUAUAUAUAUAUAUAUAUGUAUAACUGUUUAAGCAUAUGUAUUAUAUAGGUCAAUUUGCAGUAUCGGACGACGUAGAUAGGUAUUAUAUACAGAAGAAUGAUAAAUAUUGUAUUAUUUUAAGGAGCUGCAAAUAACGUAUCGUCUUCUUCGUCCAAGUCGAUUUUUGAACAUAUAUAUGUAUAUAUAUUCUUUUGUACAUGUCAGUGUUUUUUCGACAAAAUUGGUGAUAUCCAAAUAGAGUUUAUAAAUUGACAACCCUCCCGGUAGGUGUGCAGUAAAACUUGUAUUUUUUAUUAACUCAUUUUUCAUAUAUAAUAUAUAGCUAAGGCAUCAACUGUUUUUUAAUAUUUAUUUUUGAACCAUAUUUGCGCGUAGGCCAUUUCUUUUAAAUUACCCAUCCACUAUGGCUCUAAUAUGAACCAUUAAAAAGUAUUUACUUAAUAGUAUAAUGUAUACAUUGUUUUUAACAAAAUAUUUAAACUAUUUAAAUAUUAUUAUGCAGUUAUUAUAGUUUUAAUUACUUGAUUAAAUCAAAUA